CCGACCUCUACUAAGACAUCAGCUUUAAAUCCCUCUAUCGAUCACCGAUCUGAGACAUUUCCCUCCACCGACACAAGCCACCAAGAAAAGAAAAAGAAAAAUAAAAUAAAAAUGUCCGCCAAAAAGGAAUUCAUCUGCCUCGUCCCUGACAAGCCAGACGCGUUGCAAAAGCGUCUGGAAGUCCGCGAUCAACACCUCGAAAACGUAAAGCCUCUUGUCGAGAAGGGCUCGAUCGUCUGCGGUGGUGGAACGUUGAAUUCUCACCCCGUACCUGGCGAGACCCCUCCCUUUAAUGGGAGCGCUUUGAUUGUUGUCGCAGAGAAUGAGGCCGAGGUGAGGGAGUUGAUCAGUCAGGAUAUUUAUACGCACAGUGGGGUGUGGGAUGUGGAGAAGGCACAGAUUAUUCCGUUUAUGUGUGCCGUUAGAGUUGGUAAAUAAGGCUGCUCCUAAGAUUUAUUGGGUAUUGGGUUGAAUUGGAUCCAUAAGGGGGUUGGUACUACUAGUACUACUGUCUCUGUGUAGGUAGGCAUUAUGUCCAAUACGAAUGUGUGUAUUGUAUGUUGUACAUACAGAUGAAUAU